GACGACGACGACGACGACGACGACGACGACGACGACGACGACGACGACGACGACGACGACGACGACGUCGGCGCCGCGGCCCACCGGCGGUCUCGCGCUCCCCCCGCGCGCCGCGGCCGGCUGGCGCCGCCCGAGCGGCCCCAGUGCCCGCCGGGGGGGGAAGGGACGGGGAUGACGAGGGGAGGAUGAGGACGAGGACCAGAGGAGGUGGCUGGGAAGCCCAUGCGAAGGGCCGCCCGGCCUUCCGCUCAGACCACCACGGCGGGCGUGUACGAGAUGGAGGAAGGAGACCCCAUGCUGCCCGGCAGCACCGCGUAGAGCACCAGGGCCCUCCCCUCCAGCACGCAGGCAAUGUGCGCCUCGACCCACCGCACCUGCUGGAAGGCGGCCAGGACCUCCGCCAGGCGGCGGAGCGACAGCAGCAGGCCGACGGGCCCCGCGGGCGAGGGCACCUUCUUGCCCUCCAUCACCUGCACCAGCGACGGGAACUUGGAGACGACAGUCACCAGCUCCGCCUCGGCGGCAAGGCGCAGCCACGCCCUGCCGCUGGAGGCGCCCGCGGAGGCGACCGCGGAGGCGGUCUCCUGGGCGGCCUCGAGGAAGACGUGGUGCGCGCCUGGCGCAUCUUGUCCAGAACGUUCUUGAGUCUGCCGAGGUUCGGCGGCAGCUCUAUCUGGUACUCUGGCUCCGGCAGGACCGGCUCCCUCAUGGCCUCUGCCUCAGCCUCUGGGACAACGCGCACAGGCACCUCCUGCUCGACCCUGUGGUCCGCGGCGUUGCCGGCCAGGGUGAACUCGAAGCCCAGGAUCGGGCGGCCGUCGCGGCCGUUCGCCAGCUUCAGCACCGUCCGGUCGCUGGAGGCGCAGCUGUGGAACACGCGGACGAGAUUAGCGAUGAUGGGCGCCUCCAGGUCUAUCCUGUUUUGUCGCUUCGACUCGCAACGGUACUCGCAGAAGAGCUUCUUCGGCUCGAGGUGGCUCCAGGUCUGCAUCCCCUCCCCCGACCUCGUCGACCCCUCCGCGGUGGCAGAUCGCCAGGGCAUCCGCGGACAGCCGCAGCACCACGCUCGGGGGCGGGGCGCCGCGCCGCUCGGCGGCGCUCCGCUCCAGGGCGCGCUCCAGGCGGUGCAGCGCCUGCAACACGUGGAAGACCUGCGUGGGGAUCUGGCCGCCGAUGUCGCCGGCGAGGACCGCCUAUAGUUUCAGAGAAGAAGGAAAGAAACAGGUAAUUACCCAUACCGCUGCCCUUCGGCCGUUUUCCCUUUCUGGGGGCCUCCCGGGAGGCCAUCGUCGCCACCGCUGGAUUUGCCUCGAAGUUCUGGUCCGAACGCACCCUGGGGGAGGUCUGGGGGGUAGCGGUAUCGGUACCUUUUGAUUUCCCCAUAGUUUUGUCGGGUGCUGAUCCGGCGGCUCUCUAGAGUUUCGGCGAGGACCGCCUGGGAUACCCCGAGGGGGGACAUAACGCGCGUUAUGGCCCAGAGGAUCUAAAGACACACUCCUGAGAAUCAGAAUCAUCGCUCAUUCCACUGUCCGAGGCAUGGCCCAUCCUGGGCCCGGGAGCGCCGUGUGGGCGCCCUCCCGGCUGGCUCGGCCAGGGAGGCCCACCGUGCACCGCUCCCUGGCCCCUGGCCCAGGGGGGGGGGGCACGCACAGAUCUCGCUGCCCUACCACGGCACAAACUGACGUAUUCGGAACUCCGCGCGGAUUUCUCGGAGCGGUGCCGCACGCCCCCUGCGCCGCCCCUGGCGCGCUCCGCGCGCCAGGGAGGGACGGGUGGUCAACGCCGAGCCGAGGACACCUCGCGGCCCUCCGGACGCGUAUGUUCAUGCGUAAGUUUCGACUUCCUCGAGCCUUGAACUUCAUGGAGCCGCGCGGACGGCGGCUGAGCCCCCCCCCUACAGUCAAACAGCGUCAUAAGGAUGAGUAGCUGGCCAAAAGGGCACUGACCGUCAAUCGAUGCUCGACUAUCGUUUC